UUGCUAGUGAAGGAUACCCCUGUUGGUGAAGCAUCACCCCUGGAGGAAGCUACUGUGUAUGUCGUCAUAUCCCCGUUGAAGUACGACGUUUUCGACCUGCAUCAAAGGUGAGUCGUUUUCUAUGAACACCUUUUUUGGCACAUCGCCGUGGGUUCAACGUAUGUUUCCUAGGUACGGAGAUAUUGUCCGAGUGGCGCCCGACGAAGUGUCUUUUGCUACUGAAGAAGCGUGGGAUGAUAUAUAUUGCCACAGGGCUUCCAACGGGCCGUACUACGGCCAUAGUCCCUUCCUGAAGAAUCCGAUUUGGUGGGGCGAAGUACCAGGCUGUGCAGAGACCAUCGUCGACGCGUCGACGACGAGGAACCAUGAGAGAAUGGGGAAAAUUAUCGGGAACUGCUUUACAAACAAAGCCCUUGCAGAGGAAGAGCCGUCCCUCCAUGAGAAAGUAGCGGAAUCCGGAUCGAGAAGCGCAAUUAUCAAUAUUGUCGACUGUACGUACCAUCCUUGGGUACUGGAGAUAUUCAGUUACUUCAAGCUAGGAGCACUAUUUAGCACCCUCCAAUUCUACAACACGUUUGCGCAGCUCAUUAUAAGGGUUUUGCCAGCCAAGAUGGUCGAAGCCCAGGAGAAAAACUAUCAUUGGGCAUGUCAGAAAGUGCAUCAUCGCCUUAAUCUCGAGGUUCAACGUCGAGAUUUCAUGAGCAGACUACUUCCUCAUUUCUCGCCAGACGCAGAUCUCGAGAACAAUUUCUAUGUGCUCACUGUGGCGGGAAGCGAGACUUGUGGUACUGUACUAUCUGGAACGACGAACUACCUAAUCAAGACUCCUGCUUUACGUAAGCUUACAGAGGAGGUUAGGAGAGCUUUCCCUAGGCCAGAAAUGCUCACUUUUGAUGCUCUAAGCACGCUUCCAUAUCUUAAUGCCGUUAUUAAAGAAGGUUUACGUCUGAGCCCCCCGGUUGGAGGAGCACUUGCUCACGUCGUUCCUAAGGGUAGUGACACCGUGUGUGGAGUUUGGCUCCCGGGUGGCACUAAUGUUGGCGUUCAUCAAUGGUCCCUUUACCGUUCCGCUACUAAAUUCCAUAAAGCGACUAUCCUUGUUCCUGAGCGCUGGCUAACACCAGCUCUCGGUGACCCAAAGUCUCCUUAUCACGCAGAUCAUCGACAUGCAGUUCAAGCAUUUUCAACGGGCUCAUGGGCGUGUAUUGGUAAGGAACUUGGAUUGGCAGAGCUUAGGCUAAUCUUAGCACGCAUGGUGUGGAACUUCAAUUUAGAAAUCCCGCUCAAGGUUCAAAAGGAGGGAUUCGAUGUGCAACUUGUCCCAAGAGCGGAUCUGCAUUUAUAA